AUGUCUCCCGGGGGCGGGAUCCCGGCCGCCUACUCCCGCCGCCUGGUGACCGCUGUUGGCGGCGGCGGCGGCGGCAGCGGCGGCGGCCGCCCGGGAAUUGGCGAGCCGCUGGGCAUAACCGUAAGGCGGAUAAACUUUAUGUUCCAAAUUAUGGUGACCAGGAUUUUUGUAAUAUACAUAUUUAUCUUUUUACUAAGCUGGAUGUCUGUCCAAUCACUGAACAGAUGUCAGUUAACUAAUAUCACGAUUUCAGUGGAGAAGGAAGAAUGUGGGUAUUGUGGCAUGGUCAAUGCAACUUGGUGUGCUGGUUACUGCUUCACUAAGGAUCCAGUCAGCAAGAAUUCUUUGGCGUCCAUCUAUCAAGAUAUUUGCAGCUACAGAGAAAUUAUCUAUGAAACAAUAACCAUUCCAAACUGCCCUGCCAAUGUUGACCCUUACUACACAUACCCUGUUGCUACAAGCUGUCAAUGUGGAAUGUGUAACACUGAAACCACUGAUUGUACAGUUUCAGCUCUGGAACCGACACACUGCUCCUUGACACCAUAAAGGGCAAAUCACAUUAAUAGAGCAGCGACAA